AGAUGCGGGUACUUUGGAUACUAGUGAGAAAGCGGACUCAUAUAUGGAAGUGAUCGAGCGUUUCCUUGUGAUGAACAAGGAUGUUUUAACUGCUGCCGAACUGGAGACGCUUGUAUCCGGCUAUGGUGUUCAAGGUGGCAUAUGGAAUACUGCUAUCAUACGCGUUUUUAACAUGCUCAUGCAGAAGGAACGGAAGACUCUAACUAUUAUUGACGAACAUGGGAAACUCUUCAGAUUCGACAAACCAGUACCAGAAAAAUUUAAAUCUUUAAAACCUCUGAUGGACCUUUCCAGUUGGACUGAAGACUUGGCUGGAUCUCGUUUGAUUCUCACUGGCACAGCGCAUGCAAAAUUCGAAUUGGAGAUCAUGGAAUCGAGCUUUAAGGAGGACUUUAAAACAGUGGUAUUCGUGGGACCUUUGUUGGAUGACGCUUUCAAGAAUCUGUUGAAGCAUACUCCCAAUCUCCAAUCCACGGACUACGAGGAUAUACGGAGUAUCACGAACCUUGUACCACGAGAGCUGAUGAACUUGUCAACCUAUAUUGAAGAGAAUCCAGAGUUACCCAUUAAGGAGGCAUUCGAGAAGUUUGAAGACUGCCGAAGGUUGGAUUUUUCUCACAACAUCCAGAACUACUACAAAAGCAUCGAAAAAUCCGAGACGACCCGUACAAAUUUUUAUAAUGGCCUUGCCUCGGCGUUCUUACAUGGUUCUGUCGAAGGAGAGUUCAAGUGGGAUUUCAUAGAUCUGGGUCUUUUGUUCCGUCUAAGGAGAGAUGGAGUAAUUUUAUUCCGCCCUUUAUGCAAUACAGCCUUCAGAGCACUUUUGGAUCAGUUCAAGACAAUGGGAAUGCCAGAAGAUCUAAAGAAUCGGCUCAAGGCUAAUAGGUUCAGUGGAAAUGAAUUUGAGCAAGCAAUUUUUCAUGCAUUUAUUUGCACUAGUAUUAGGCCAAUAGUGCUCCCUACAACGAACCUCGUUGGUGAUCCUAAGGGCUCGAUCGUGUUGGACUUCGAUGACUACCGAGUUAUAAGCAGGCAACGACAUUCUCUUGGCCCUGGAAAAGAUAAAUUCUUGGCCCGUGGCUAUCCAGGAUAUCCUCGAUUUGACUUUAUGGUUGGACCAAUAUUCAUCCAGGUGUCUGUCAGCGAGUUUGGAGUGCAUAACAGAGAUUCAAGUGAUUUAAGGAAAGCAUUUAAGCGACCGUACAAGACACCCAAAGUGGUGUAUAAUGAUAGGAAUCAGAUUGAGUGUUACUUGGAUGAAAUGUAUGGUGGAAAGCAUAGAGCUGAUUUUGGAAAGGAUGGAUUUAUUGUCACCAAAAAAGACCCGACAACAGGUAUUGAUGAAGUUGUUCCUGGAUUCCGAAUCGUCUACAUUUGUGGUAGAGAUAUUAACCUAGGGAAUCACCGCCAGCUCGUUACAGAGUUGCCAGAUGUAGAACAUGUAAGCUUCAACGACCUCAAAAGCCUAUUCUUUGCAAACAUUGUUUGAUAGUGUUGGAUAGUGUUAUCAAUAAAGGAAGCUUCUACUCCAUUCAUCUUCUAACUUUAAGCGUCAUCCUAUCAAAGGGUGCCGCGUCGGGUUGUAGAUGAGAUGAGAGACCAGAUUGAGAUAAAUACG